GGUCCACCCUAUUUACAUAUUCACCUCGUUCCUAUACCCCCUGUGAAAACCCCAAUACUACGUCCCGCGAGAUCUUCCUCAUCUUCUUUCUUCUCCGCCGGCAACUCUUCACCACCAUAAUACUCCCGGCAUCGGUAAACUGAUCCCCACCCAAUCUCUUUCCUGCUCUAACAUGACAUCCUCAUAUCACAUCCUUCUUCCCUGGCAACCCUCCGCCUCUGACGAUUCAUGGUAUGUAGAGCCAAAGAAAACAGAGAUGAUUGUUCCGGUGGAACAACAACUGUUGUCUCUCCAAAUUACUAGUUUCAAUUUAUGCACAGAGAUGAAUUACAGAAGAAAAUAUCGCUCAACGUUUGAAGGACAACGACGCUCUGGAUCGACACACUUGUUUGGAAGACGCUCUGGUUUCUUAGAGACAUGUCUAUGGUGCAUUGCCGACUGGUGCUUUCCUUUAAAAUAUUGGAAGAGGCGAUGUGCUUGGUUAAAACUUAAAUAUGGCAAAAUCAGCAUCACUUGCAGGAGAGGGAGCUUCCGUGAAGCUUCCUGUAGUACUAUUAUUGGUGUCUUACGUCCAUUGCCACUUUUCUUGAAAUUUACCAAAGGUUAUCAACCUGUAAAUCCAUCACCAUUCCUGUGAAAAAAGAAUAAUGGCUGUGCUAUGUAUGGUCCUCGUCCCAAGAACUGGUAUCAUCAAGAAGAAAAAGGCAUAAUACUUUGAAAAAUUGGAGAUUGGAGAAGAACAGGAGGCGUGACAUAAUAGAGAGGGCUUGAUUUGGCUCUAUUCAUUCAGUGUAACAACUACAAGCUCUUUGUUAACGACUAUGGCUGAACCUGUUGAUGUUGUUAAUUUAGUCGUCCAUGACCUGUUCUACGAAAGUAAUGAACGCCACAACUUUUUUCGAAGCUAAUUCCACCCAUGUCAAGUGAUAUCCCUGUAUAUCAACGAGUACUCUAUGAUGCAUUUUCCAAAUAUCAGACUUACCAACAGUCACAUUACAAGGUGAUAUUUAUCAUGAAGGAGAAGAGUUUGAGUUUUUGAUUCUACCAUAAACAGUUUUAGCUGUUUGUUGGAUCCGUACAUAGUGAGAGGCAAUGUUGUAAAACUCCCCGAGUUGGCCGAUUACUCCUCCGAGUAUUCGCUACUCGGUCCCUUACCGAGGCGAGUUACAGAAUCCCGAGUACUCCCUGAUCGACCCUUUACUGAACUGAACAAUGUUGUAAAAUUCGGUCAACUCGGUGAUUAAUAUGUAUAAUAUACUUAAUGAUUUAUUAUUUAACACACUCACAUAUGAUUAUUACUACAUAUAUAUCUUAAAUUUUCAGUAAUUAUUCACGAAGUUAAACCA